AUGGAGUGGCCUGGAUUUCUAGAGAAUUCAAACUCUCAGGAGCCCACAUUUGCUUUGUUCGGUGCAACAUCUCACGAUAAUCGUGAGGUUGCUGCACAAUCAGACCAGUGGACUCCUGAAGAGAAACAAUUUUUUGAGAAUGCCUUUUCUAGUUUCAAUAAUCUAGGUUCUCAAACUUUUUUUGAAUAUGUUGCUUCAAAACUCCCCCGUAAAUCAAUGGAGGAUAUCAAAAACCACUACAUAACCCUUUUUAAAGACGUUGAAACGGAGAAUCCCAUCCCAAAAGAUAACGUUGUUGUUUAUGAUGAUGAUCAUCAUCAGCAGCAUUACCAAGUGCCACAAGAAGAUGACUCGGACAUGGAGGCCGCUGUGAAUGACGUGCCGCCUCAAGUGGAAAACAACCGUCCACGCCGCCGACGGGGUAUUCCAUGGACUGAAGGGGAACACCAGUUGUUUCUCAUGGGACUGAACAGAUUCGGGAAAGGAGAUUGGAAAAGCAUCUCAAGAUACUAUGUUGUUACGAAGACACCAACUCAAGUGGCCAGUCAUGCCCAAAAGUACUUUUCUCGUCGUAACAAUAUGACUCCAGCGGAGCGUCGUCGUCCAAGCAUCAACGACAUUCAAACUGUCACCCUUAACCUUAGGACACCGACGACAGCUCAUGUGGCCACGACUCAUCCGAUCAAUAAUGACGGACAUGUUUAUAAUAAUAAUCAUCCAGUUGGAUCUUCAUCAACGCUCUUUCGCUAUCCUAGUUACACCUUUGGUGGUCCAACUUUUAACAACAACUCCAAUACAGAUUUUGGGAGAUUUGUUAAUCAGAGUGAAGCAUCUGGUAGCAGCUCAUCUGUUAUGGGGCAAAAUAAUAAUAACAACAAUGACAAUCUCCAUAGGCCAAUGUCACCUCGUCCUUUCCUUUCGAUGUACUUGUCUUCUGCUGGAAGGAAUAAUCUCGAAGUCUAA